AUGCAGGGUGGAUGCUUGUCGGGCCGCUUCCUGCUAAAUCAUCUUUUCAUUCUCAAUCCAUGUCUCAACAAUUCUCAACAAACUCAAUCCAUGUCUCAACAAACUGUACCAGACGGAGCUGCUGCUGCCGUCCUUCAACCUUCAGAUCCCGUCCCUCUUAAUGCUGUGUCCGUUAAGGGUCCAGACCUCGACAAACACCUCAGCCUGCAAGAUUUUCUCAGCAGCUAUGAACGAAUUGGGUUUCAAGCAAAUAGCCUGGGGAAGGCCAUACACAUCGUAAACCGAAUGAGGAAAUGGCGUCUCUCUGACGAGCCUGUCUCCACAAACGAGGCAGAGGAGUUCCUUGAUCCUCGAGUUCGCGCCGAUACGCGUUGCAGCAUCUUUCUUGGCUACACUUCCAAUCUAAUAUCAUCUGGGCUACGAGAAGUCAUCUUGCACCUUGCAAAGCAUAGACACGUGGCGGCCAUUGUCACGACAGCUGGAGGGAUUGAAGAGGAUUUUAUCAAAUGCCUGGGCAAGACAUAUCUGGCAGACUUCAAUCUUGAUGGAGCUGAACUACGGAAAAAGGGCAUGAACCGAAUCGGAAAUUUGGUUGUCCCAAACGACAACUACUGCAAGUUCGAGGACUGGUUAACUCCUAUCCUGGAUACUAUGCUGGCGGAACAGAAAUCUUCUGGCCAAGUCUGGACGCCCAGCUCUUUCAUUCGACGAUUGGGCAAAGAAAUAGAUAAUGAAGAGUCUGUCUACUACUGGGCAUAUAAAAACGAUAUCCCUGUAUUCUGUCCGGCACUCACAGACGGGUCCAUUGGAGACAUGAUAUAUUUUCAUUCUUUCAGAAACCCUGGUCUUAUCCUCGACAUUGUCCAAGACAUCCGGAGUCUCAAUGAGAUGUCAAGGAAGUCCCGCAAAGCCGGGAUGAUUGUUCUCGGAGGUGGUGUUUGCAAGCACCAAAUCGCAAACGCAAUGCUGAUCAGGAAUGGCGCCGAUUACUCUGUCUUCAUAAACACUGGCCAGGAAUUUGACGGCUCUGAUUCGGGCGCGAGGCCCGAUGAAGCCGUAUCAUGGGGUAAAAUACGCGCUGGUGCAGAAGCGGUCAAGGUUUUCGCCGAUGCCACCCUGGUGUUCCCCAUGCUGGUAGCGGCUACCUUCGCCCAAGAUGCCCAAUCGCAAUAA